GUUUGAAAUAAUAGAGCCGAACUAUUUUCUCCGGCGGCAAGAUAAUGUUUCACGGCAUCACAAGUUGGACUUAGCAGCCUAUCCGACUUGGAACACCAUUUCUACAGAGCAUUGUCAGAAGAUAAGAAGAGACUCGAUUGCAACUUCUUCGACUUCGCACAUCAUUUAAAUACAUCGAACGAGUUACAAUGUUUUCAAUUCGUUCUUGUAUUUUUGGAGUGCUCAUCAUCGGUUGCCUAGUUACCGCAGUCCUGGGCAAACGAAAGAAACCAAAGCAACCAACCUGCAGUCAGCGUGUUGCCAAGAUAAAGUCAACUCUAAAGAGUAUACCCACUGUGGAAGAAGAAUGCAACGUUGACAUAAAGCUGCCAAUCGAACAUGAAGACAUAAACUCGGCAGUGUGGUCCGUUUACACAAGAUGGGGAAGAACUCAAUGUCCUCUAAAUGCAUCAGCAACUCUCAUUUAUACAGGUGUCGCGGCCGGUUCACACUAUACGCAUUCCGGAAGUGGUGGUAAUUAUCUAUGUCUUCCGAAUGAACCAGAAUGGGGGAAUUUUGUGGACAGUACUAGCGGUUAUGGUGCUUAUAUAUAUGGGGCAGAGUAUGAAAUACCUAGUGAUGGUAAUCCUUAUUUGGGUACGAAUGCACCGAAGCAAGGCGAUAAGCAAUCUCUCCACGACAAUGAUGUUCCAUGUGCGUUAUGCCAAGUACCAAGGAAUGUCGUGAUGUUUCCGGCAAAACAUACCUGUCCGAAUGGUUGGACAAUGGAGUACAAGGGAUACUUAACAGCCGAACAUUAUGGUCACGCUAGCAGUAAAGAUUUUGAGUGCAUGGACGAAGCGCCGGAAACAAUUCCGGGUGGAAAGGAAAGUAUUAAUGGUGCUCUUUUCUACCCGACCCAGGCAAUAUGUGGAGUGCUGCCUUGUCCUAACUACGUCGGGGGACGAGAGCUCACGUGUGUUGUCUGUUCAAAGUAAAACCAUAGGUCGUGGACGAAGCACGUCGUUAACAUGUUUAUUAACCUAUUUACGAGAUUUAAAACACUUUUCCUGAUAUUUGGAAGGAAGGGACAAUUGUCCCAAUUUUCAAAAAAGGAGAUAGAGAACUAGUUACUUAUUAUAGACCAGUGACCCUGCUAAGCUCAAUCUCCAAAAUCCUAGAAUCUAUAAUCCACCAAAAAUCUUGACUCACCUUCUGCAGCAAAGUCUUAUUUAUAGGAUUAAAAGUGGUAUUCUACCUAAACAUAGUACUGUCAACCAACUUAUUAACAUAGUGCAUGAUAUUCAUGAAAACAUUGAUGAUAACAAAAAUGUUUAGAUUUAACUUCUGCAUUUGAUUUAGUCCCUCACAAACUAUUGUAUUGUAUGUAUUCUUUAUUUACCUCUUAUAUAAGAGAGUUACAUUUGUACAUUAAUUGGGAGUAAAUACAUAUAAAUAA